UUCAGCAUGGGGAGGGGAAGGAUUGAGAUCAAGAGGAUCGAGAACACCACAAGCCGCCAGGUCACCUUCUGCAAGCGCCGCAAUGGGCUCCUCAAGAAGGCGUACGAGCUCUCCGUCCUCUGCGACGCCGAGGUGGCGCUCAUCGUCUUCUCCAGCCGCGGCCGCCUCUACGAGUACUCCAACAACAGUGUGAAGGCUACAAUUGAGAGGUACAAGAAGGCACAUGCCUGUGGCUCAUCCUCUGGGGCCCCACUCUUAGAGCUCAAUGCUCAGCAAUACUACCAGCAAGAAUCUGGAAAACUGCGCAACCAGAUCCAGAUGCUCCAAAACACUAACAAGCACUUGGUUGGUGAUUCUGUGGGCAACCUGUCCCUCAAGGAGCUGAAGCAGCUCGAGAGCCGCCUAGAGAAAGGCAUUUCUAAGAUCAGGGCCAGGAAGAGUGAGCUGCUGGCUGCAGAGAUCAACUACAUGGUCAAAAGGGAGACUGAGCUUCAGGGUGACAACAUGAACCUCAGGACCAAGAUCGCGGAGUGGGAGCAGCAGCUGCAGCAGGUGACCGUGGCCCGGUCCGCCGCCGCCGUCGGCAUGGAGCUGAACCCCUUCGCGGCGCUGCAGGACACCAAGGGCUUCUUCCCCGGCGGUCCCUUCGCGGCGGCGCUGGAGAUGAAGUGCUUCUUCCCCGGCAGCCUGCAGAUGCUUGAGGUGCAGCGCCAGAUGCUCGCCACCGAGCUGAACCUCGGUUACCAGUUUGAGCCUUCUGGCGCCGACGCCGCAGAUCCCCAGUUCUAA